GUUUAGAGUUUCGCGGGUACGGGUCGGUGGAUCUCACAACAGAGAGAAAACGAAAUUUGGAAGAAAAAAAAACAGAAAGGAAGAGAAGAAGAGUAUAAAGAAAUCAACCAAUUCAAUUCGCAGAAUCGAGCCAAUCAAAAAUCGGUUCGUUUAACCUGUUUUCCGUUUGAUGGAGGGAGUAGGAAACGACGGCGAAGCGCCGCUUGCAAAAUGGAGAAGUGAGUUUUCGAGGGCAUUUCAGUACUAUUUGGAUCGAUCCACUCCUCAUACAGUGAGAAGAUGGCUUGGAACAUUGGCGGGGGCGAUGAUUUAUGUUCUUAGGGUUUACUAUGUUGAAGGGUUUUAUGUGGUUUCUUAUGGUCUUGGGAUUUAUAUUUUGAAUCUCUUGAUUGGUUUUCUGUCUCCUAAGGAUGAUCCUGAGCUUGAAGCUUUGGAUGGUGCUUCUUUGCCUACCAAAGGUUCGGAUGAAUAUAAGCCUUUUAUUCGUCGGCUGCCCGAGUUCAAGUUCUGGUAUGCAAUUACUAAGGCUUUUGUUGUGGCUUUUACUUUGACCUUCUUCUCUGUUUUGGAUGUGCCUGUUUUCUGGCCAAUAUUAUUGUGUUACUGGAUUGUUCUCUUUGUCCUGACAAUGAAACGCCAAAUCAUACACAUGAUCAAGUACAAGUAUUUGCCUUUCGACAUUGGAAAGCAGAAGUACAGUGGUAAGAAAUCAUCUGCUAGUAGCAGCAGAUCAAUGGACUAAUGACUGCAGACAUUAAACAAGAAAAAGGAGAUCACAGAUCAGAUAAGAUACUGCUAGUCUCCCACUUCAUUAACUCUUGCCACUUUAUUUUUAAAAAAGUUAAUGCUAGUAGGCACUGCUUUCAUUCAAUUAUUGAAUUUGUGUACUUGUGGGGCUACGGUCUUUGUUUUGUUCCACGCAUCUUAUAUAUAGCUAACAGAACACAAUCCUUGGUA